AUGGAGCUCGAGCCGCAGCCAGUCUCGGUCCUUGCCAAGCUCGCUCAGGGGCGCGCGGCGAUUGGCCGCAACGGCGGCGCUCGCGCCGACCUGCUCGCGCUCAACGCCAUUCUGAAGCUGCAUGGCGCACCGAGCCAAGCCUUUGGCGCAGUGGACGGUGUACCGGUCGGGCUCGUGCUGCAGCGGCGCGCCGAACUGGCCGCGGCGGGCGUGCACCGACACUUUCUCUCGGACGUGACGCCCAGCGUGCUCGGCGUCGAAUCGAUCAUCGUUCCGCCGCCGGGCGUCGAGCCGCGGGCGGUCGAUGAUUACGGCGAGCGGCUCCUGCUGCGCGGCUGGUGCGCGGGCGCCUCCGACGGCGCCGCUGCGGUGGCGGCCGGCGAGGCGUGCUUGCGCGCGCUGCAGCCGAAUGAGUCGUCUCGCCGGCCGAUUCGCGUCGUGCGCGUGGUCGAGGGUGCCGGCGGUGAGGGCGGGCCGGGGUACAGGUACGACGGCCUGUACCUGGCGCUGCGGAGGACCUCGGCCGCCGCGGAGAUGCUCGGCGCCUCCACCGAGCCGUGCUACCUCCUCGAGCGAGACCCGCUCGCGUACCUGCCCUCGGAGCUGGAGGCUGUCGCUGGCGACGCUCGCCGCGUGAGCGUGGAGGAGGCGCUUUCCUUCUCUGCCCUCGCCUUGCGCCGGCUGCUCGCCGCUCGCAAAGCCCUCGUCGCGUCGAUGGAGCCGCACGAGGUGCUCGAGGUGGCGGCGCUUCGCGAAGCGUCUGUGCGCCGCAUCCGCGCCGCCGUCGAGAUGCUGCACGCGCCCGACGACCCGAGCAGUGCCCUCCUUCCGCCACCCACGCUGCCGCCGUGGCCGUCGCGGUUGCGGAACAGUGCGUAG